AUGAGGAUCCACAGGAGGUACACGGUGCAUUCAGAUCCACUGGCCAAUGGUGUGACUCCAGGUAGUACGAAAAUCGGCUGGUUCAAGCUGUUUUUCAGAUGGGUUGUGACGAUUGAUGGAGAUGAAGAGAUCAAUGAAGGAAAAGGCUACAUUUCACUUCCUCAGGUAACAAAUUAUAUCUUUUUCCUUGGAGGUAGAUUUAGAACGCUCAAGAAUAAGAAUCAAUUGCCAAAUUUCGUUCUUUUCGCAAUAUUAAUACCAUUAGUACUUUUCUCCAUUUUUGAAACAAAUCAAAUCUGGAGGAAAGGGUACGGUUACAAAUCACUAGUGGUAUUAUACUACUAUUUCAACGUCGCUUGUUUAAGUUCCUUUAUCACCACAGCGACCAUGGACCCUGGUUGUCUACCAAGAAAUAUACAUUUGAGUCAGGUGAACGACGGUAAAUAUCAAAUCCCACAAGAGUACUAUAAUCUAAUUAAUUUACCCAUUACCAGAGGAAAUCCCAACGGUGAUAGUAUUUUGAUGAAGUAUUGUCGAACUUGCAGGAUAUGGAGGCCUCCAAGAGCGUCCCAUUGUUCAAUCUGUGAAGCUUGCGUCAUGACGCAUGAUCACCAUUGCAUUUGGAUAAAUAAUUGUGUGGGACAAAGAAAUUACAGAUAUUUUGUUACAUUUCUAAUUAGUGGUACAUUAGCUUCUAUUUUUCUACUUGCUAAUUGUGCUAUACAUCUUGCAAGGCGCCGAAGAUCUAUUUCAGAUAUGCCAAUACCUAUAACGAUAACACUCAUCAUAUACGCAUCUUUGGCAAUAUGGUAUCCAUUAAUCUUACUCGCGUAUCAUGUGUUCAUGACAGGCACACAACAGACGACAAGAGAAUAUCUUAAAAAUAGUUCAACUAGUAAUAGAAGAAAUCCAAUUUUCCAGAAGAUCACCAGAAAUAAGGGCAACAUUUACGACACACACUCCUUUAUGGGAAACAUGGUAUCUCUGGUAUGUCAGAGGAGAGGACUCAACUUGAUGGACCCACGAGAAUAUCACGAUUCAGGUGACUGGAGGUUCAUUAACUUCGAGAAACAUAACCAAUCAUAG